GUGGACGUGAGAGGAAAGCGGCGUAAGGCAGCGCUUUCCUGCCCUGGAGCCAUUCUAGAUGCGGUGAGUGCCAAAACCUCGGCCCCCACUUCAAGCACAACCCAGAGCAACUGUUUCUCUCACUCCCUUGGAAACAUGCUUUCAGAAAGCAGUUCAUUUUUGAAGGGUGUGAUGCUUGGAAGCAUCUUCUGUGCCUUGAUCACUAUGCUAGGCCACAUUAGGAUUGGAAACAGAAUGCACCACCAUGAACAUCACCAUCUGCAAGCCCCUAACAAAGAUGAUAUCUUGAAAAUUUCAGAGACUGAACGCAUGGAGCUUAGUAAGAGUUUCCAGGUAUACUGUAUAGUUCUCGUAAAACCUAAAGAUGUGAGUCUUUGGGCUGCAGUGAAGGAGACUUGGACCAAACACUGUGACAAAGCAGAAUUCUUCAGUUCUGAAAAUGUUAAAGUGUUUGAGUCAAUUAAUAUGGACACAAAUGAUAUGUGGUUGAUGAUGAGGAAAGCUUACAAAUAUGCUUAUGAUAAAUACAAGGACCAAUACAACUGGUUCUUCCUUGCACGCCCCACUACUUUCGCUGUUAUUGAAAAUCUCAAAUAUUUUUUGUUAAGAAAGGAUCCAUCACAACCUUUCUAUCUAGGUCACACUGUAAAAUCUGGAGACCUUGAAUAUGUGAGUGUGGAUGGAGGAAUUGUCUUAAGCAUAGAAUCAAUGAAAAGACUCAAUGGCCUUCUCAGUGUUCCUGAAAAGUGUCCUGAACAAGGAGGAAUGAUUUGGAAGAUAUCUGAAGAUAAGCAGCUAGCAGUCUGCCUGAAAUAUGCUGGAGUAUUUGCAGAAAAUGCAGAAGACGCCGAUGGAAAAGAUGUGUUUAAUACCAAAUCUGUUGGGCUUUUCAUUAAAGAGGCAAUGACUAACCAACCAAACCAGGUAGUAGAAGGAUGUUGCUCUGAUAUGGCUGUUACUUUCAAUGGACUGACUCCUAAUCAGAUGCAUGUGAUGAUGUAUGGGGUGUACCGGCUUAGGGCAUUUGGACAUGUUUUCAAUGAUGCAUUGGUUUUCUUACCUCCGAAUGGUUCUGAGAAUGACUGACAGAAAGCAAGAGCAUGCUUUUAGUAACUAUAUUAAGACACGGUAUUGUUUUUAAUUGAUAACAAAUCUAACACAGUAGUAUGUUUCUUUUUCUUAUCUGGUUACACUGGUAUAAUCACACAUUGAAGUCUACUUGUACAUUGUCAAAUGGAAUGCUGUUUUAGCCUUGCAUCAUUUGUGAGAAUUUAAAUGUAUUAAAAAUAAAUGUUUUAAGAAUAACAAUUUUUCAAAUACAUAUUUAUAAAUACUAUAUUUAUGUGAUAAAGACUAAAUUAUAGACAUUAAAA